AUGGAGAGUUACUUCAAACGCGAUACUGAGAGAAUUAAAGAGAAGUUCCAAAAAAGCCGCAUCAUAAAGUACAAAAAGAUUGUAAACAAAGGUGGUAACAUUAAGAAAAUGGCGGACCUUCGGUUGUUCAAGGGACUCCACUAUAUUGUUUCACAUGCUUGCAUUAAGAGUGAUUAUACUGAGAGUUUCGUCUACAAUGGCUUUAAAGAUGCAUCUUCUAAUAUGAGUUUAGGUAACGCAGCAGACAUCACAUCCACUGGACUGUUGAGGUUAACCAACGACUUCGAUGGUACGUACCAAAUGAGUUUUGUUUACUAUUCUCAUCCAAUCCGAUUCAAGAAUAAUAAUACAGGUGGUGGUAGUGUUUUUUCCUUCUCUACUUCGUUCAUCUUCUCUAUAUUACCAGAAUCUCCAGGUUUACGUGGUCUAGGGAUUGCUUUUAUCAUCGCACCUCAAGCAGAGUUACCAGGAGAAAAAGGAAGCGACCUGCCAGGCUUGUUUGAUCAAAGAACCGAUACACAACCUACAAACUUUGUCCUUGCUAUAGAACUAGACACCAUCCAUAAUAGAGAAUAUGAUAUCAUACAGGGAGACCAUGUAGGAAUCGAUUUCAAUGAUCUUACUUCUGUAAUAUCCAAACCUUCAGGGUAUUAUACGGAAAACAAUGGUAGUAGCUUUCGCAACCUUAGCCUUGUAAGUGGAGUUCCAAUUCGCGUUUGGAUAGAAUAUGAUGAGGUUAGUAAGAACCUUACCGUAACCCUAGCUCCACUUACCGUUCCUAAACCUGCCACUCCAUUAUUGUCUUACAACCAUGAUCUUUCAGAUUUAUUAUUAGAUUCCAUGUACGUUGGCUUCUCAUCAGCUACAAGUUUUGCACAAACAUCUCAUUACAUCUUGGGAUGGAGUUUUGUAAUUAACAAUGGAACAGACCUGCCCAUUGAUAUUUCUCAGCUUCCUAAGCCUCCAGCAAAAGCACAAAAGAGCAAAAGAGCAGCAGCGAAAUUCCUCGGAGUUGAGUUGCAGAUAAUUAUCCCAGUUCUUGCGUUAACAUUUAUCAUUGGCAUCUUAUUCGUCCUUGCGAUAAUCAGGAAUUGUAAGAUGGCAGAUGAUGUUGUUGAAGAUUGGGAACUAAAUUAUGAAAGGUUGAGAUUCUCGUUCAAACAUCUAUACAUUGCUACAAACGGAUUCAAGGAGAAAAACCUUCUUGGGAACGGCGGCUUCGGUAAGGUCUAUAACGGUGUGCUGCCUGCUUCAAAGGUCAAUGUUGCCGUCAAAAGAAUCUCUCAUAAUUCAAAGCAAGGAGUACGGGAAUUUAUUUCCGAGAUCAUUAGCAUUGGUCACCUUCGGCACCGAAACUUGGCACACCUCUUGGGCUAUUGCAGAAGGCAUGGAGAAUUGCUACUAGUGUACGAUUACAUGGCUAAUGGAAGUCUAGACAAGUUACUUUUUCACAAAUACGAUUCCGCCGCAGCACCAACAACAAUUCUCGAUUGGAACCAAAGAUUUCAAAUCAUUAAAGGCGUAGCUUGUGCACUAGUAUAUUUGCAUGAAGAUUGGGAACAAGUUGUGGUUCACAGAGAUAUCAAGGAUAGUAAUGUUUUGUUAGAUGGUGAGAUGAAUGCAAGGUUAGGUGAUUUCGGUCUUGCAAGAUUAUAUGAUCGUGGAACCAAUCCCAAGACGACCAAUGUGGCCGGCACGCUGGGUUAUAUGGCACCGGAACUGAUCAGAACAGGCAAAGCAACAACAAGCUCAGAUGUUUUCGCCUUUGGUGCAUUAUUACUUGAAGUUGCUUGUGGUAGGAGACCAAUAGAGUUAAAUGUACCCGAAAACGAAGAGAGUGAAAUUCUUGUUGAUUGGGUCUUAAAUUGUUGGAGAAGUGGUGCAAUAUUGCAAACCAGUGAUCCAGUUUUAGGAAACGAGUAUAUCAAAGAAGAAAUGGAGUCGGUAUUGAAGCUAGGAUUGUUAUGUUCACAGAAUGAUGCAAAGGCUAGACCAAGCAUGAGACAAGCGAUGCAGUAUUUAGAGGGAGAGUUGCCUUGCCUCAAACGGAAUUGUGGGCACUUUAUUAUACCAACUCGACAGUGA